AUGGCUUACGCUAGCAAGUAUACGAGGAAACCAAGAACAGAUGUCUUCACUCACGACACUGAUAUUGAUCGCCGUAACUGCAAAAGGACAGUUCCAAUGCGGGUCAUAUGCCUUGGGCUUGGACGUACCGGAACCGCAUCACUCCGCGAGGCGCUAAGACAACUUGGCCUCGGCGAAUGCUACCAUAUGAUGUCCACGAGUGUGGAGAACCCGCCUGAUGCGCUGAUGUGGAUGGACGCCCUCAGCCACAAGUAUGAUGGGGUUGGGGAGUUUGGCCGCAAACAGUGGGAUCAGCUCCUCGGGCACUGUCAGUCAGUAUGCGACUGGCCGGCCGCUGCCUUUGUCGAGGAAUUGACCGAGGCAUACCCGGACGCAAAGGUGAUAAUCACCACGCGCGACGUUGACUCUUGGUAUAAGUCGUGUCUCAAAACCGUCGACUGGCGCGCGAAUGACGUCGUCCUAGGCGCGUUGGCCAGAUGCGACUGGGCGUCCGGACUCUACCAGCCGAUGCUGAGCAAGUUCUGGACAGAUUUCUUCAAGGGCGACUUCAAGCAGCACGGUAAGCAGGCUUUCCGCGAGCACUACGAGCACGUCCGUGCGGUAGUGCCCCCGGAAAACCUCCUUGAGUACCACGUCGGGCAGGGCUGGAAGCCGUUGUGCGACUUUCUCGGCCUGCCUCUCCCGCCCGCGGGCCAGGACAUGGUGCACACCAACGAUACUGAGGGCUUCGUCGACAGAUGCAAGGCUCGCAACAGGGCCCAGAUAUGCAAUGUAGCUUUGCUGUGGUGGCAAGGAUCCUUGCCGGGACAGGGGCAUUCCCUCACCGUUAUUGGUAGCAUGAUUUCGAUCGUACCUUGGCCUCCUAACUCGAUCCCCUGA